UUUCAUUACAUAACUUUUUGGACGGUUUAAUUCGUAAAAAAUAGUAUUAUAUAAAAAAGAAAUUCUGGUGGCGAGCAUCUUCGCUUCGCCGCUUGGGCGGUGGUGGUCGUGGUUUACUAAUUUAACUGUGAUUAACCGCAAACGAUAAUUCGAGUCUCGUCGUCUUCUGCUACUGUCACCUCCUUCACUUUUUAGCUCAUUUUCAGAGAGGCUGAGCUCUAUCUUCCUCUCUAGGACAACACCAUGUCUGCUGCUGACGACGGCGACCCCACCAAAUUCGCUGCGAUCUACGACCCUUCCUCCCCUCUCCUCUCUAAACCCUCCACAUCAGCUCUCGACUCCCCGCGUCGAAGCGAUCCCGAAUCCGACCCGACACAGUUCCUCCAGAUCUCUUACAACUUCGGUCCAAGACCUUUCAAAGACAUCACUUUCCUUCUCCUCUUCGACCUCUUCGUCUUCUCCACUUUCGCCUUCGGAAUCUUCUCGAUUUUCCAUAGGAAUAACGAUUACGGAGACUCCUCUGCUUCCUUCACAUACGAUCUUUCUUCAAGCUCUUGCGUUAAAAACCAAACCUUUACUAAUAAGAGUGCCGUCUUGUCUGAAUCUGAUCCGGUCUUUGAGAAGGAUUUGAUUUGGACUCUUGUUGUAACGCUAAUUCUAAGCAUACCCUUUUGUUUUCUUGUCUUGCUUUUGCUUAAACACUACACUAAGCAGAUAGUUUACGCUUGUUUACCUCUCUUUGUAGUCUUUCCUGUCUUUUUCAAUCUCUAUUGGUUCGUCGCUUGUACUCUCUCCUCUUCUUGUAGCGACGCACUUCCUCUAGGUUACAGAGUCCUCGUCCUAGUGUUUGUUUUCUUGGUGAUUGGGAUCGUUGUUUGGAUCAUUGUAGCGAAUUGGCAUAGAAUCGAGCUUACUAUUCAGAUCAUCGGUGUUGCCUCGGAUGCUUUGUCUAGAAACUUGAAGCUUUUUGUUGUGUUGCCGUUGCUGAUACUGGGUUUGGUGGUGUUCUGUGCGCCGGUUGUGGUGUUCUUGGUGUUUGCUAGGUUUAAUGGUGAGUUUGUGCCGAGGGAGGUGGAUGGUGAGUAUGUUUGUGAGUGGAAGGAAGAUUCUUGGGUUCCUGCUUAUUAUGCGCUUGCUAUUUUAACUAUGAUUUGGUCUCUUGCUGUGAUGGUGGAGAUGCAAGUUUAUGUUAUUAGUGGUGCUAUUGCUCAGUGGUAUUUCUCUAAGGAAGAGUCAAUGCCUAAGAAAUGUAUACGGAGCUCUUUGAGGAACGCAUUUGGUCAAUCCUUUGGUACAAUAUGUCUCUCAGGAAUUCUCAUAGCCGUUGUUCGUGUUGUCCGAGCCAUUGUGGACAAUGCUAGAGAAGAGAACCCACAAGGCAUAGUGAACUUUGUUCUUCGUUGCUGCGCAAAUACCUUGCUUGGAGCUUUUGACUAUCUCAACAAGUUCACCAUCAACUUUGCUGCAAUAACAGGCGAAUCUUAUUGCACCUCUGCCAAAAUGACUUACGAACUCUUAAGACGUAAUCUACUCUCAGCUGUUUUUGUGGAAACAGUUUCCACUAGAAUCUUAACCGGGAUAGUCUUUGUCCUCUCAGCUGCUUAUGCGGUCGCGACAUGGGCUGUUCUGAGAGGAGUGAGCAGCUUGGGUGUAGAUUCGUACUUGGUGGCUAUUCUGGCGUGGCUCUUACUGAGUUUGGUCUUGGCUUUCUUUGUACAUGUUCUUGACAAUGUGAUAGACACAAUCUAUGUAUGUUACGCCAUUGAUAGAGACAAGGGAGAGGUUUGUAAGCAGGAAGUGCACGAAGUGUAUGUUCACUUACCUAUCAGCAGAAGCACAAGAUCUGCCCUCAUCCCAAAUGCUCUUAAUGCAUAGAAGAACAUGAUCCCAGUGUAUCUGCUUGUUUUUUUUACCUUUGUUUUUCACCAUUGUAAAUUCCUGAGUAGAGUGGAUCUGGUGAAUUGUCGUUUGUCUUGGGGAUUAUAUUGACAUUUUGUAGAGUUGUGGGAUAAUUUUGAAUAAAAGAGUUUAAGAAUC